AAAGAAAAAGCCAAAGAUGCUGAGCAUCAAAAGGGUUCCCACCGUUGUUUCUAAUUACCAAAAAGAGGAGGGAGGAGAGGCUACGCGCCAUGUCGGAGGCUGUGGUCGUAAUUGCUUGAAAAGUUGUUGCAUUCAAGAUGCGAAGCUUCCCUUGUAUGCUUUCAAAAGGGCUAGCAAGGUCGUUGAAAAGGAUGAAGGCAAGGAGGCCCCCGUGGCCUUCUUGGACUCCCUGAUACUUGGGGAGUGGGAAGAUCGCGUGCAGAGAGGGCUUUUCCGCUACGAUGUUACUGCCUGUGAAACCAAGGUGAUUCCCGGUGAGUAUGGUUUCAUUGCCCAGCUGAACGAGGGUCGCCAUCUCAAGAAGCGACCAACUGAGUUUCGAGUUGAUAAGGUCUUACAACCCUUUGAUGAAAACAAGUUCAACUUCACAAAAGUUGGGCAAGAAGAGGUUCUGUUUCAAUUUGAAGCUAGUGAUGAUGGCAAAAUCCAGUUUUUCUCAAAUGCACCUGUUGAUAUGGAGAAUUCUCCUAAUCUUGUUGCCAUCAAUGUCAGUCCUAUUGAAUAUGGGCAUGUACUGCUGAUUCCUCGUAUCUUUGAAUGUUUGCCUCAAAGGAUUGAUCGAGACAGCUUCCUGAUUGCCCUUCACAUGGCAGCAGAAGCAGGAAAUCCAUAUUUUCGAUUGGGUUACAACAGUUUGGGUGCAUUUGCAACUAUCAACCACCUUCAUUUCCAGGCAUACUAUUUGGCUGUGACCUUUCCCAUUGAGAAGGCUCCUACUAAAAACAUAACCAGAUCAAAUGGUGGUGUGAAGAUAUCUGAAUUGCAGAACUAUCCAGUUAGGGGCCUCGUGUUCGAGGGUGGCAAUACACUUGAAGAUCUAGCCAACACUGUUUCAGAUGCCUGUAUCUGCCUUCAGGAAAAUAACAUACCUUACAAUGUUCUUAUUUCUGACUGCGGAAGGCAAAUCUUUCUCGUACCACAGUGCUAUGCGGAGAAACAAGCCCUUGGAGAAGUAAAUGCGGAGCUUUUGGAUACCCAAGUGAAUCCUGCAGUGUGGGAAAUUAGCGGGCACAUGGUGCUGAAGAGGAAGAAGGACUAUGACGAAGCAUCUGAAGCGAAUGCUUGGAGGCUUCUCGCUGAGGUUUCACUCUCUGAAGAGAGGUUUCAAGAAGUCAAUACUCUGAUUUUCUCAGCCAUUAAUGCUUCUGGUAAGGUGGAAGAUAUUGAACCUCAAUUUCCCCAGGAAGCUGAUGCAGCUAACCCGAGUUCCCACACGGCCAUGGUGGCUGGUUCACAGGGGUGUCUCGUUCUGCAGUGACAAGGAUCCAGCGAUUUCCGUGACAGCGAUCUGUUGAAUAAAAUCACGGUGCUUUCUGUAGUAAAUUGCUAUGUCGUGUUGGAUCAGUUUAACACAGUACCUUAUGGUAUGUUAUUGCUUGAAUUCUAGUAUUGUAUCGUGUGUGUGUGUGUGUGUGGUUCCCAAAGAUUUGGGUACUACUUGAGUGUGCUUUGCUAUUAAGUGAACUUGUAGUGUGCUGGGAUAUGUUUGUGCAUUAUGGUAACUGUAAAACUACGAUGAAUUGAAUAAAUGCUCUUGGGAGCUUAUUAGCUGGUGA